UGAUUGUUUCUCGCUAACGUCAAAACGGCACCUUGGCGAGCCCGAUUCCAAACCGUCUUUCGUUCGCAGUUGGUCGAGUUUACGCAUCUCAUCUCUGCAAAAACAAGACGUGCGAGCUGUUGUUCCCUACGGUAGUGACCGGUUCCAGCGGGGUUUCGUCAUGUUGCCAAUCGAUCGAGCCCAUUUCAACAGUCGGUGAUUUUAUUUCGUUCUACUUGGUGCGUGGUGCAUUGUGUGGCUGCUGCUAGCUUAAAGUGAGUCCCGUCGUUCAACGAUUGCACCUAAUCUACCAUAUCUCAGUUCCUUGUGGCCUUGUUGUGAUAGCAUCGCAGUGUACACGUUGACGGUCACCGUCCGCAGUGAGUCUGUGCAGGGAAAGCAGGAACGAAAUCCCAUAUAAUAAGCAGUGCUAUUAACCGUGAAGGGUGAACGGUGGUGUGUUAUCGUGCGGCUAGUUCGCAGUAUAUUCUCAAUAUGCUGUCGAACCACGAUAACGUAAUUGGUUCUAUUUGCUGUGCAUAGAGUGUGAUGCUAUGCUUGGCUUGUGCUUGUAUGUGUUGAUGGAUUUAACCUCUCUCCGGAACUGAAUCAUUGCAUGGAUCGGCAUUGUUCCGCACCGUAAGCUGCAGCCUCCCGGGAUAGCGCAAAGCUUGCUGUCAAGUGCCACGAAAAGCGACAAGUGCAACGAGCCUCUGGAAGAGAACUUUUAGUCCUACCCGGAACUAGAUUAUCCUGCCCCGAGUAGUUCCCGUCACUGCUUUACUGGGGGGAAGUGCUGGCCGCAAACCUGGAAUCGGUAAGCCACCGAGCAGCAGCAUAGUGCAACAUUGAGGGCAUAAACUACAUGGACCAUUCGGAGCACCACGACUACAGCCAGCACGCAAAUAUGACGAGUGGAGGUGCUCACGCCGGUCACGGGACGGUUGAUCACAGUGCGCACGAUCACACGAUGAUGGAUCAUGGGGCGCACAAUCACCAGCAUGGUGGUGCCGGUAUGGGUGGUGCGACAAGUCGGGCCGGAAUGGUACAUCACAUGAUGUCGAUGUCGUUUCACGGCGGAUACGAUGAAACGAUCCUGUUUGAGCAGUGGAAAAUCGAUAGCCUCAGCGGGUUGCUCUGGUCGAUGUUGCUCAUCUUUGUAAUGGCCGCACUGUACGAAGGAUUGAAAUACUACCGGGAGCAUCUGUUCUGGCGGACGUACAAUGCGCUACAGUAUCGCCCAGUCACGGUGACGGAGAAGAGCAAUGGCAACGGCGUGGCGGUAGCCGGAACGUCGACCGCCGAACGGGGUGGUGUCGGUGCGGGCGAUGGCUCCAAUGGCGCCAGUGCUGGUGGCGGUGGACUAAACGAGGAGGGAGCCCGAAUCGUGCACAUGGUUGGCGAAGUGAUCCACAAGCAGCCGAGCAGUCAGUGCAGACCAACAAUGCUCUCGCUGAUGCACCUGUAUCAAACGCUACUGCAUAUCCUGCAGGUCACGACCAGCUUCCUGUUGAUGUUGAUCUUCAUGACGUACAAUACGUGGCUUUGUCUGGCGGUUGUCCUGGGCGCUGGCCUCGGCUAUUUCCUGUUCGGGUGGAAAAAGUCCGUCAUCGUCGACGUUACCGAGCACUGUCACUAAAGCAGUACGGGGAGUAUGGCUGUGCACCACACACUAGUGCGGAAUGCGUUACGAAGAAGGAUACAUCUAACAUUUCGUACCUAAGUGAGCUGGUCUGCUGUUGUGCAAAGUACUGUUGCACAGCAGCAGCCACUCUUGUGACUCUGCGUUUUACAGCGGUACAAUUUUACACGGAAAAUCCUGCUACACAGACCCAUCGACCGUAUUCCUGCCUGCGGGCUUACUAUGAAUCUAUGGUACUAUAGCGGUAAAACACAUGGAGAGAAAAAAAGAAGCAUACAUCGAAAAAAGACACACACACACACACACACACUGUACGCUGAGGAGGACAAACUAGAGCAAAAGUCAAACUGGAGAAGAAUGAAAAAAGCAAAACAAAAAAAACAUAACAAACUCGCCCCCAGGUGCGGAGAUUUGUCGGUAGCAUCAAUUUAAUUGCAGCGCUAGGAAGGAAUCGGAUCGGCGUUCACGUUACCAAUCUACCAAUGUGAGAUAUGUAAUACGAAUUUACCUGUUGAUUGAUUGUCGGAUGCAAAGCUUCCGGGUGGUUGGUGUUGUGCGCGAUAUCGGAUCGCAAAAUCGGAAUGGGUCGAAACGACAGCAAGGUCGUGCAGUAAAGGCGAAUGGAAAACCCCGAUGUAAGUACUACAUGUUAUGCUCAAACAUAGGGGUAAUGAAAAAAGGAGAAAGGGAAAGCACACUAGGCAAAACAGUUUCCUAUCAAGCGAAGGAUGCUGGCGGGACAAACAAGUUUUGUACAUAUAACAGAAUCAAUGGUGCCGAGUUUUGGUCGCAAUAGUCGCUGGAAGGAAGGGUCGUGAAAAAAAGAAAUAAUCGAAAUAUCAUAUAGGUUACUCCAUAGAUUACGGUCGCUCACUGUAAAACAACAACACACCCCGCAACAGCAGCAGCACGUGUGCGAGAUUAGAUUUUUUGUACAGGAAAAAUAAGUAACACACAGACUCACUCACCGUACUAUUUGAGAGGGAACAUGGGACGAAGGAGUAGCCUGUUGUUGCUGCCGAGACGCCGCGGUGAACAUAUUUUAGGGAGGAAUUGAAUCGAAUGGCUGUUGGUCAUAUUUUUAUUCAAAGUAACAACCCCGAACACAAAUCCUAGAUGUUGCAUAUUAUAUAGACAAACAAAGGCUGGAUUCCGAGCGUGUAGCAAAGCGGGCGAGGGAAGGAGGGAAAUGUAAGUGGCGAAAGCGGCAGGAGGAGCUGAAGUUUGCAGCAAAAUGCUAUAAUAAGAACAUUUUCUUCCUAUCUUUAACGGAAAAAAACUAAGGAGUUAGCUGUUAAAUUGUAUCCAGAGAAUCCACUAGCAGAAUCGAUCAUUGCUCCAUUUGUCCGUUAAUUGCUUCUUGUUGCUCGUUUUUUUUUUUCGUUUGCUUUAUUAUUACACUUUCGUUAUCUCCUUAUUUUUCCUACUGCAAUUUACGCAUCGAUAGUUGGCCAAUAUAACUGCCACUGCAAAUGCUUUUAGAUCCUUUUCUAUGGCUUUAUUUUGUCCGUUUUGUUGGAAACGGUUUCGUUUUUCUUUCUUUCCUUUAAUUAAAGUGUUUAGUUUGAUGUUUAGUUUUAGUUGAAGAACAAAUACCAGCAAGAGCGUAACGUUUUUUUUAAAGAACAAUUACUUUAUAUGAUUAGGGUUAUACGCGGACAGCAAAUACCUACUAUAAAUAGAGAUGGAACAAAAACAAAAUUCAUUUUUCCCCGCAAAUUACAUGCAAAACAGCAGUCCUUUAAAAAAAGAUUAUAGAACCGAAUAAAAAAAAACAUGAACAAUUUCAAACUGUACAAGCCGCCGUCUAGUGGAAACAGUUAGAUAGGGAAAAAGGGGUUUUUAAGCAACAAAAACAAAACAAAACGAAAUGAAACAAAACACAAUUUAGAAACGGCUUAACGAUUUAGCGUUAGGAGGCGGAGAUUGAGUGUGGCGCCGUUUGUGGCGCACCGAUUAUUAUUAUUAUUAUUAUUGGUCAUUUUGUCACUGUUCUUGGUGGACUUUUGAUUUUGUUUUGUCUUCUCUUUCUACUACUUUUAAUUUCAUCUUUCCUUCCACUGUGUAGAACGUUUUCUCCUCUAGUAUGUUAAACUGUUAGCUUUUAGUGCAAUACUAGUGAUUUAUUCUCUUUUUUAUACAAAACAAAAAAAAAACAAAUAUAUAUACACACACAAACUA